UAAAUGGCGGUUACGCUCAGGGCGGACUGUAAAAAUAUCCACGGUUUUAAUUGUCGGUUCAUGUGCCGAGCUGACGGGAAAUUCACCUCGAAGAAGAGUUAAACGAAACAAACGCUGAGCUCAUGGAGCCGGACCAGGACCAGGACCAGGACGGGCGUGAGAGCGGGUCAGAGGAGUGUGAGCUGGGCGAGCUGCGGGAGAAGGUGGAGGCGCUGAGGCAGCAGCUGCGGGAGUGCAGAGCCGAGCUGUCCCAGCUGCAGAAGCAGCUGAGCCAGUCGGAGCGGCUGCAGCGGAGCACGGACGGAUACAACGAGGACCUCAGGAAACAGGUUGAGCAGCUGAGCGCAGAAUUGCACCAACGCAAGAAGAAAGAUAAAAACAGAGUCGACACUGAAACUCAGACAGAGGAAUAUGUUUGGACAGAAACGGAUUACUACAACUACUACUAUGGAGGCUACGCCCAGAACCCUGAGGGGACAGACCCUCAGGAAAGCUUGGACACAACUUCAACAACAACAAAAGCAGCAGCAGACGCAGAAGCAGCAGCAGCAGCAGCAGCAGAAGCAGCAGUGGAGACGGCUGAUGGCAACGCAGCUGAUGGUGAAACAGCAGCAGAACUUUCAACACCAAAUGAACCAGCACCGGUCGAUGCCACAGAGGGUGCUGACGCAGGAUCCAUAGCUGACAUGUUGCGGGCCACUGCUGAGGAGGCCAUGUCCCAGACUGGGUUUGUCUUUGAUGAGACUACUGGGAUGUAUUACGACCACAGCACAAGCUUCUAUUAUGACUCGGCCAGCCAGUUGUACUAUGAUGCCAACACAAGCAUAUACUAUUACUAUGAUGCAGAGAGCGGUCGGUAUCAGUUUCAUUCAAGGAUUGAGGCUCCCGUUGUGCAGAGUACCGCAGAGCCUUUGCCAGAAAAGAACGGCGCUGACAAGAAAGCCAGGAAGCUAAAGAAAGAAGUGAAGAAAUCAUGGCACCAUGACGAUGGGGAGCUGAAAUCUGAAGACACAAACCUAGAAGAAGGAACCGAACGCCAAACAAACAAGAGGAAUGCAGACUCCCAAAAACUGAACCGAAGGUCCCGCAGUCCCGAUGAGGCUGAGCACAGAAAGGACUCUUCAAAACGUCGGGAAGAGAGGGACAGAUCGUCAUCGAGUAGAAAAAAGCGUAAAAAAGACUCGAGCCACGAGGAUAAGGGAAGAUCGAGGCAUAAAAAGAAGAAAUCUAAAUCAGAAAAGCACAAGAAGAAAAAGAAGAAGAACAAGGCUCGGAGUGAUGACUCGGAGGUCAACAGUGAACCAGAGGAGGGUGAGAUCACCGAAUCAGAGAGGGAAGAUGAGGAAUCUUCGAUCUCUUCUUCAGCAUCUUUUGAGUCCUCCCCAAAUGAAAAUCCAGACUCAGAAAUGGAAAUGCAGAGUCAAGAAGCUAAAGACAUUUGGCCUCCGUGUGUAAGAGUGACCGUGGUCAGGUCUCCGGUGCUGCAGGUGGGGACGCUGUUCAUCAUCACAGCCGUCUCUCCGGCCACCUUUGGCAGAGAGAAAGAAUUGGACCAUGCAAUUCGUAUACCAGAAAUGGGAGUCAGUAAGUUCCAUGCAGAGGUGUAUUUCGACCAGGAGCAGCAGAGCUACAUGCUGGUGGACCAAGGAAGCCAAAACGGAACAGUCAUCAAUGGCAACAGAAUAUUACAGCCUAAAACCAAGUCUGAGCCUCAUGCACUGAUGCAUGGUGAUGAGGUUAAGAUGGGGGAGACUGUGCUGUCCUUCCACAUCCAUUCAGGCACUGAUACUUGUGAUGGCUGUGAGCCCGGUCAGGUGAUGGCUCACCUUAGCAAGCACAGGAGAGCAGAACAGAACUCUGUUCCUGGCCCCACCAAGGAGGAUAAAGAAGCUCUGCGACAGAAAGAGCUAAAGCAAAUGAAGGCCAAAUAUGGCCUGCAGAGUAAUGAGUACAAGGAGGCCAAAGCCCUGAGGAAUCCCAAAUACAAGGACCGAGCAGAGUCUCGACGACAAACGGUUGGCAGCCAGGGCACUUUCCAGCGAGACGAUGCACCAGCUUCUGUCCACGAGGAGAUCAGUGAAGCCAAUAAAGGCCGGAAGAUGCUCGAAAAGAUGGGCUGGAAGAAAGGAGAAGGACUUGGUAAAGAGGGAACGGGAAUGAAAGACCCGAUCGAGCUGAAGAUCAGAAAGUCUCAGUCAGGUUUGGGGGCAGGUGCCGCCACAUCUUUGGACGACAUAUCCAUUACCAAAUCAAAGUCUCAAAAGAACUGGGAGAAAGCCCGUGAGCGGUUUGCUGAUACGUGUCAGCCUGACAUGCCGUCGACCAAAACACCGAAAAAUAGUUCCCCUGCGGCCUGGAUCAGAUCAGGGGAGACGGAAACCUCAGAACCGAGCCAGGAACCAGCCGGGCAGAGUUAAAGUCAAAGACUAUAGUGUUUUCAUAUGUAUCAGAAAAGAGUGUUCUUAAGUGACUGAUGCUUCAGGUUUUUACUCAAAACAUGAUGAAAGAUCAGGAUGAAGCAUCACUGGAAACAGCAGCCGAAUAAUUUUUUUUAAUGUUUUUUUGUUUAGUUUUUUCUCUUGUCAGUAUGAAGCACUACUAGUCAGAGACCUGUAGUGUUUAUGGAUCUUCCAUUUAGUAAAAGUCACGUAAGAGUACCAUUUGUUUCUGCAGUUGGACUCGGAGGGCUGAGGUGCCACCGUUUCUCCCUGAGACAAGAAGACAUGGGACGCCUUGAGCAAAUAUUGACAUAGUGAAGCUGUAUUUUAUUUCUCAGAUUCAGAUCAUGCAACAGUGAAACACCCAUGGAUAUGUUCAGGCAACACUCACUGCACCUGCUAAACCACUCACAAUUUCUUUUAAAACAACUUAAGAAGUGUCAUAUUAAAUUUUAAAUCUGUUCAACUUAAGGAAUUAGUUUGACCCACUUUCUGUUACUGUGAAAUGACAACUUGUAUUUUAAAUGGUGAGUGACAUUUUGAUGAUAUGCAUAUCUACAUUCCUGUAAGUUCAGUUAACAAAAACGUAGCUGUCCAUCUUUGUGCUGCUUAUCUGUGGAAACAUUUCGAGGGUGAGUGAAUAUUUGCAUGUGUGUGCAAGCGUACACUUGAACAGAAACACUCCCUCACUCCCUGCAGAAAGAUAAGGCAAAUAAAGGGAAGAGUUGAAGCAUAUAUUUUAUAGAUUUAAAGGAAAUAAAUGUUCUUACUGCUGUUGGAUUAUCAUGCUACUUUGCAAACGGGCUUGAAGCGGGGUGGAUUAAAACCAUUUUUAACAGACAAAAUGUUUAACAGUCUAACAGGACACGAGUAAGUGGACUCACGCUAUGUUGCCGGUGUUGCUCCUUGAGCUUCCUCGCUUGCUGCCCCUCCCUCGACUUGCAUUGCCACCCAUGUUGCUUGCUCUCCUGUCGCUGGACAGACU